AUGCGUCUUGCAGAAAGAAUACCUGAAAAAAGGUCUUCUUCGAAAAAUAACAAUCCUCAAAGCCUAGAAAUCUCUUCUUUAGAAGAACUAGCCUUUGACCCCGCGGACAUAAUCUUUAAUGAUAUGCAAGAAGAACCAUUUGUAAAUCUUAAAACCCUUCAUCCGCAUCCAGUCGCAAGACUGCACAUAUUUUAUCAAACCAAAAAAUGGCUCAAUCAUAAAUACAAAUCGAAAAGAUUACCUGUUCCAAGAUCUUUAUUAUUAGAUGAUGAUCUGCAACAAAUUGAUGAAGAUAUUAUAAUGAAUGAUGCUCUGAAUGAAGAAUUGAUUGAAAACCAUUUAUUAACGUCAAACAAUGACACUGAACAAGAAGAAAAAGAUUCUUUAUCAUCAAACGUUUUUAUUAUUAAACAAGAAAAAUUGGACUCUUUAUUAUUAGAUAAUGAUAAUAAACCAAAAGAAGAUUUAUCAUCAUCAACGACAUCAUCAAAUAAUCAUAAUGGAGAUAUCAUCAAUAGCAACAAUCUUAAUCAUUCUAAUAUAGAAAAUAUAGCAUGUAAAGUUGAUAGUAAUAUAGAAAUUAAAGUAGAUCAAAGCACAAUUUUAACUAUAAAGAGCAAUAUUGACGAUAUAAAUCUUAACAAUAAGACCAAUAAUGAAAAGCUUGAUAAAAAAGCUAAUAUUAAUGAAAAGGAUUCUACAAAUGAAAUUAAUAAUACAGAUUUUAAUAUUGUUGAAGGCAUUGAUAAAUUUGAAUCAAAUAGAGAAAAUAUUAAUGCAAAGAUUAAUCGUGAAGACAAAAAUCUUAAUGAUGUAGUUAAUGUAGAAUUUGAAAAGAUGUCGAUAAAAGAAACAAUUGAUUUAACAAUAGAUUCACCAAAAGAAAUAAUCGAAAUUAGUGAUGAUGAUGAUGAUAUGUUAUUAUAA